AGUUUUCAUUUAGACUACGUGGUGGAAAGUCGUCUAGAAAAAUUCUUUCUGGACGUAUUUCUGUUUUUUGAAAAAUAUUUAUUUUUCAUUUUUAAGUGCUUUGCAGGAAUGUGGAUCUCUGUUUAAUCACUUGAUGGUUUUUCUUAGAUAGAAAAAUGAUUUUCAUGGAUAAAUUAGUGCCUAAUACAGUGAAAUGUGCUUUAGUGAUCUGCCUGGGAUUUUUCCAAGUUCAAUAUAUCAAUGGCCAAAGAUGUACGAUACCAGAUGUGGAAGACGACAAUUUAAUAAUAGAAAUUCCAAUGAUACCUAUUGGACCACCCUCAACAUUGACCACAUACAACAUGGAAAACACAGUUUCCAUCCGGAAUAUCACCAAUAUUGUUGAUUCAGGGAAAAUCUUUAUUAAUGCAGAUUACAAUUCGGAAUUGAGAGCACUUACGCUUUUCACAACUGACGAAUUUCCCGACUAUGCUCAAUAUGAGACAAGAACUAGUAUUCUUGUGACAAUUUCAUUUGAUUGUCAAUCUACAACGAGAGACUUUUCCUUUAAUCAACCACUUGUUGUAUCCAAUGACCAUGAUCCGGAAUUUUUGCAACCAGUGUAUGAGUUCAAAAUUCCACUUCCACUUCCUGCAAAUUUUGAUCUUACAGUUUUUCAGGAAAUUGCAGCCCGGGAUAUCGACAUUGGUGAGAAUGGUGUUACUUUCACCGCGGAUUCUGAAUACGUUACCAUUGGUACAUUACCAGGGCCUAGUAGGGAACCUAAAACCUACUACGCAACAAUGACUACGAAAACGCAAAUCCUUUCUAUUGUACAUAAUAUUGCCUUUGAAAUCACAGCCACGGAUGUCGGAGGUAGAAGCUCAAGUGUUAAUGUUUACAUUGAAAGCGAUGGUGAAAAUCAAUUUAUAAUGCGACCAGUCUUUGAGAGUCCCUACUACAGCGGUGUUCUCAAUGAAGACUUUACAUUGACAAUGGCAUCAUCCGUAAUUCUAGAUACUGACACAUUUGACGAAGAGCAAGUAGUGUUUUCCCUUCGUGGAGAGGACAGUAGAUUUUUCACUUUUAGUAAUAUCCUUAAUGUUAUCAAUAUAGCAGUCGAGGGAGAGAUUACAGAGGAAGAUUUAGAAGACAUGAAUUUCCUACAGUUUUUCGUAAUAGCAAGUCGACCUGGAGUUGAAGAAGGUUCAACAGCCAUUGUUAUUGACUUACAAAAAACAUGCCCAGUAAUCACUACAAUUGAACCGACAACUCAAGAACCGGUAACAUGUCCUCCACCCGUAACGUGCCCUACCGAAGCACCAACAGAAGAACCAACAGGAGAACCACCAGCAUCAACGACACCUGCCCAAACGCCUCCGCCCGAACUAUGUCCAGAUCCUGAAGGACCAGUCUUCCAAGAAGAUUUCUACACUUAUCGAGUGUUUUAUGGUGAAAUUCGUACCAUAGGAAUAGUUCGAGCAACACAUAGUGAUGAGUCAUCGACAAACAUAAUUGAAUACUCCCUUAACUUCAAAGAUGAUUCACUACAAGAUCGGAUCGUUAUUAAUGCAAUUACCGGGGAACUCUCAAUUGAGGAUCAACUCGUUCCCGAAGUCUACGGUUUUGAAGUAUUUGCUUCAAUUACCGUGGAAGGAGAUAGGAAAGAUGGGAGAGCCCUCGUAACUGUCAUUGUAGAACCUAAUGAGAAGUGCUCACCUACGCCAGUUGACAUGAGUUUAAUAGUAAGACGUCUAAAGGAAAAUGCCAAACAUGAAAUUAUAAGUACACAAAUUGAGAAUUGCGAAUUCGAAAUCUUGGGCUAUCUUCCAAACGAUCAAGAUUACUUCUAUAUUGAGGAUCGGCUACUGAAAUCGAAUGAAUUCGAUAGAGAAGCUGACAUAUUCACCGGUAUGACGAUCCCUCAGUUUCAGAUCAGUCUUAAAUUGGAAUGUCCUGAAACUCGUAGAAAGCGAUCUAUACUACCAUGGAUAGUAAGUUCUCAACCUCGAGAUCUCGAUGGUCCUAAAGAAUAUGUUUUCACCAAUGACAUUCCCCACUCUUCAACUGUAACCGUAAUCAACGUUAUCGUUGAGGAUGAGAACGACAACAAGCCAACGAUUAUUUAUCCCACUGCUGAUGAUGGUCUGUCAUUUGGUUACCCUGAACCGGGACUAGCUGAUAGGCUUCUCCUCAAUCAUGUGCUUCAAGUUAAAGCCACUGAUCGAGAUGUAGGAGAGAAUGCUAUUAUCAAAUUUGCGUUGUUGGAAACAAACUCGCAUUUCACAAUUGAUAGUGAGACUGGAAUAAUUUACCCAAAAAGAAAUGCCCUACAAACCUCUGCACAAACCAAUUUGAGAGUAAUAGCGACAGAUCGAGAGGAAGAUGAGGGUACCCUUCAAGGAGCCAAUGUGAACAUUGUUAUUCAUAGGCUAUCUCUGGCAAAUAUUGCAGUUGUAACUGUUGAGGAUGUAGAACUUCAAAGUGCCGAUGCAGUUAGACAGAGUGUGCUGAAUGUGAGUGAUGCUAGAAUUAUCAUUCUUCACUCUACUACAAUUCCUAGCGAUAGGGAAUCUUUGCACUUAAGACAAAAUUCUGACACUGUGGUUAUGAAAUUCCUAAUUUACGGCUUCUCGAACGAAAGACUACUAAAUAGUCCUCAAAUCGAACAGAGAAUGAAUGACGUCACCGAGAAGUUUGAUGCUAAAACCUCACCUUUGGACGAGGUCCUCAGUGUUGAAGGAGAAGAUGAAGGUGUUGUAGGUUUUAUUAUCGGUCUAGCAGUUCUUGGUGCAGCUCUAGCAAUUCUUCUAGUAGCUGCAUUUUGGGGAUGGUGGAAAUGGAUUAGACCGUAUGAAUAUAAAACCAUGGAGAAUGAAAGCGUAACUUCUGAUGAUAAUGGCCUAAAUCCCGACUUUGAUAAAAAGGCAGUCCUUGAAGGACAUAUCCCAGAACCCCUAAGUACAGUUCAAGAUCAGUCCAAUAGACCCCUGCAAGAUCUUGAGAAUUCGUUCUUUUCAGGACUAUCCGAAACCUACAACGAUCCCGCACGACAUUCUCCGCCAAUGAACCCUAAUCCGGAUAUUAGUAGUGUGGAGACAGGAGAACCUUAUGACGAUGCACGUCCCGAAAGUCCACCCAAGGAAAGGAGAAAAUCCUUGAGAUUCAAUGAAGAUGUAGAGCGGAUUGAAAUUGUCACUGAAGUUCCAGCAGAUAAUUUAUCAGAUUCGGAAAAGGAAGUUAACUAUAAAUUCUAAAAGUAUUGUAAGCAAUAUUAGUAUUUAUAAGGUGCCUUAUACAUUUUCUAACUUAUAGAGAUUCAAUUUGAUUUUUAACAAGUAA